UCGUCGUCACUGCUCGACUUCGAUUAAUCGAUUGUCGAUCUCUUGAUGCGUAUCGAUUCGAUACUUCUCGCGACUGAAAUAGCAGACGACAAAACCGCGUGUUAAGCGAAACAACGCCAACCGGCAGAUUGCUGCGAGCCAUAGGCGAAUAAGCAUAUAAUUGUUGCGAGUCGCGGACUUUGUCGCAAACUGUACGCGAAUCACAUUAAGUGAUAAUAAUUUGUUCUUUGUAUUAAUAAAUAUAAUAAUUGUGUUCCAUAAUCUUUCGUGCAUUUAAUUCAAAUCUGUUUUACGUCUUGUGUUUGCCAAAUCACUACAAAAGGGGAAUAUAUCCGUCGUAGAGAGCCAGCGCACUACGAUUCAAUAUGGAUUCAACGGUCAACAACACUGCCAAUUCACUCAAGCUUCCCGAGAUCCCAGUGAUCCAAAUCUCCGUGAUCUCUAACGAAGGCAAGCAGGUGGAGUUCUCUAACCGACCAUCAGGGCUCAUCGCGUUAUCCAAGACAGACUUUGAAAGCCUUGUAAGCUCGCGACAAGAGUUCUCUGAUCAAUUGAUGGAAGCUCAUAAAACCAUCAACGACCUCCGCGAUAAGCUUUCCGAAACCGAAGCGACUACGAACACUAAUGGCGUUCCCGACGUAGCAACACACUACAAGAUGCUCACUGAACUGCUGCAAGAGAAGCAGAAACUGGCGGAGCAACUGCCGAGAUAUAAAGAAGAGGCACUUCACUUUAAGUCUGAAGCUACAAAGCAGAAGAAGUUGGUCGACUCGUAUGAAAUUGACUACAACUCACUACUUGCCGACUACAACUACCUCGAGAAAUUGUAUCACCGUACACGCGAUCUGUUCCGACACAAAGUCUCUGAAGUAUUUAAAAUGCAGUCAGAACUUCGCGAAAUUCGAAUCAGACCAAGAGCACCAGAAGGAUGUCUCAAUUGUGGGUCACCAGGACACAGCUUCAAGUGUUGUAAAAAAGCAUAUAGCGAACGAUUUUGCCAAAUAUGCGCAAACCCAGAUUUUAGCACCGACGAAUGCCCAUGGCCACACGUCGCAGAUGGAAAGUUCGACGUACCGGAACAUCAACGCUGCAAAGUAUGCAAGAGACCAAAGAACUUGCCUGACGUCAACUGUGGUGAAUGCCGCAGAAGAGUUAUCGAGAUCAAAAUCGCGAAAAGAGACCAGCAGAUAAUAGAGCUCGUCAAACGCACGAUCGAGAAACCAACACUGCAGAACAAAAGAACAUCGCAAAAAGAAACAUGCAAAGUUGACGACGAAGCUUCUAAACCCAGAAGUCCAGUUACGCGAAAAACAUCUCCAGAACUGAUACCUUCAGAGAUCGCUGGAAAUGACUCACGGGAUCCCAGCAGAAUACUAGCACCAUUUGACUCCGAUGACAACAAUGCAGAUCUGUGGGAAACACUUUGUCAAGCCUAUAAGCUUGGCAUCAAGGACGAAGAAGAGUGAAAAUUGCGAAAAUUCGCAAGAGACAUUACCAGUACUUAGAGACAUUUUUAGUUUAAGCAAAUAUUGCUAAGUGCUGUGAAUAUUAUUACUUAUAAGUAUUAUUUUAGUUUUUUUGUUACUCAUAUUUUUUGCAAUGCUCGAAACGCGAAUUUUCAUACUCCACAAUAUUUUUUAGUUUUAUAUACAUCUUCGCGAUAUUCGAGCACAGUUUCACAAAAUCAUUGUAUCCUUAUAUUAGUUAUAGAUUUUCUUUAGCGCAAUACAAAAUACUCGCUCCUAGAAAACUACUCUAUUCUUCUACUACAAUUUUGUAUUACAUUACAACCAUUCGUUCGCAAUAAAAUCUAAUACCAUUUUGUAAUCGAUUAACGCAUUAUUCCCCAAAGAGAACGAACGUUAAUAAGCACUAUAAUUUCUCUUAUUUUCAA